GUCGGCGCCUGGCGGGGGCGAGACUUUCGAGCUGGCCCGCAUGCUUGCCAAGCGAAAAGCGCGAGCCGCAUCAAUUCUCCGUCGCUCGGCGAAGCUCGCGUGGACCAACCGCUGGUGGGGGCUCUUGCGCGUCGCGGCCCAAGACGCGCCCAUGGCCACCCUGACGGGCGAAGGCUCCCUGGCACUAUCGGGGGAGCUGCCGGAGAGGACGAACCAGACCUGGCCGAAGUGCUGCUGGCAGACACCGCUGGCCUACCUGCUAG